AGUGCUUAGGGAACCCAGAGCCCCAGAAUGGGCAUAAAAAAAUACAAUUCAUUUAAAGGGAAUUCAGCAAACGGAGGGAAGGCUAAGCUGAAAAUCAGAACAGCGGCUUCUAGUUAAACGGAACUAUUAGCAAAGAUUGAGUGACAGUGAAUAUCCAAGACAAUGUUAGUUGUACCAGUGGAGAAGAAACUCAUGGAUGUCAAAAUAAAGGAUCUGCCAAACUGGAUACUGACGCAAGACUUCACCCCCAAAGGCACCAUCAGAGCGUUUCAAAGAGGUUACUACCAGUAUGACAACAAGUAUGUCAAUAUAAACAAAGGGAGCACCCUUGGGGUUUCUAUGGUGCUGGAAGCUGACGUGCUUUUCAACUACUGCAUUUCUUACAAGGAACUCAAACAUGAACAGCUACGCAAGAACCACUGA